CUGAUGAUUACUAAACUGAACAAAGACAAUUGCGUAUCAAUUGAAACUCUCAAUCUUUAAUUGACUGCCGGGUGUGUACUUCUUUCCUUUUUUUUUGUUGUAAGUUUGUCAGUAUUUAUGAAACUUGAGCUCUGUAAACGAUGACAAAACAUGUGAUGAAAUUGAAAACCAGAAAAGUGAAAAAGUUUCCCGUGGGCGUUUAAAACUCGAACUAAAAAAGUGAAUUGCUGUCGCCGGAAUCGCGUUCCAAUUCAUUCUGGUUGCCGUGGUUUCACCUAUUGUAUCUAUAAUAUCUGUGGUGUAUGGCGCUUCGUUUGAUACGACUAGCGAGUCGUUGUUCAGUAACUGAUCGGGUAUCUCAUCAGGUUAUCAGUGUCGGGUACGUGGGAUACCAUCGGUUGUAUGGACAGUCGUCUCUCUUCAGUAAGGUUCUGGGGCUUCUCGAUUUAUAGGUACCUAACUCCCUGUGUAAACCUAUAUUUAGCAAAGAGAAGUUAGAAGAGCAGCCGCCUUGCGACGAAAAUGAGCGGGUUAAUGUUUCGUUUUCCGUUUCGCCGAUUUGUGGCGACUAUGCCCGAUAAAACCAAGUACAUUGCAAAGUCUGGUACAUACCCAAAGGGAUUUUUAAUUAAUGGCGUUUCAUCAGGCGUAAAAGCCAAAGGAGCAUUGGAUUUGACCAUGCUCGUUUCGGAAAAGCCCUGUAAUGCCGCUGCCGUUUUCACGAAGAACGCUUUCCAGGCGGCCCCUGUUCGUGUAUCCCGGGAAACGUUGCAACAAACGAAAGGUCAGGGCAUUCAAUGUCUUGUGGUGAACAGUGGAUGUGCCAAUGCCGUAACUGGUAGUGGUGGUGUACAAGAUGCACGUCUUAUUACAGCUCUUGCUGAUAAAGCCGUUCUUGGUCGAGGAGAUGGCGGCUUGCCCUCGACGUUGGUCAUGUCUACAGGAGUCAUUGGUCAACGGUUGAAGAUGGACAAGAUCAGUUCGGGUGUGAUGAAAGCAAUUGAAGGAUUGGGUUCAAGCCAUGAGCACUGGAUGCGGGGUGCCAAGGCCAUUUGCACAACCGAUACGUUCCCCAAGGUUGUGUCUCAGGAGUUCAGUGUGAACGGACAGACCUACCGGAUUGCCGGUCUUGCGAAAGGUGCGGGUAUGAUUAACCCAAAUCUGGCUACCUUGCUUGGAUUUUUUGCUACGGACGCCCCUGUUGCAGUUGAAGCUGUGCAACAAAUUCUGCGUGAAGCAGUGGACAAAAGCUUUAACGCAAUCAGCAUUGACGGUGACACAAGUACAAACGAUACAAUUGCCUUCUUGGCCAACGGUGCUUCUGGUGGUCCGGAGAUUGACGUCUCCUCACCUGCCUACGAAGAAUUGAAACAGUCUGUUACUGGUAUUGCUCAGAAGCUGUCUCAACUUGUUGUUCGAGACGGUGAGGGCGCGACAAAGUUUGUCACGAUUCGUGUCCGCGGAGCUGCUACAGAGGCUGAUGCCAAACUGGUUGCAGCUACGAUCAGUAACUCUGCUCUUGUAAAGACAGCAUUUUUUGGCGAAGAUGCUAAUUGGGGCCGCAUUCUCUGUGCUAUUGGUUAUUCUGGUGCCAUUGUCAACCCUAAGGCUACGUCUGUGAGUUUCGUACCUGCAGACCAAACGGAGUCGCUGCGUCUGCUUGUGUUGGGAGAACCCCAGAAUGUGGAUGAGGAACGUGCUAGCGAAAUCUUGAGUCAUGACGAGUUUGGUCUCGAUGUUGAUUUGGGCAGCGGAAACCACGAAACAGUUUCUUGGACUUGCGACUUUUCCUACGAGUACGUUCGCAUCAACGCCGAUUAUCGCAGUUGAGAAGGGAGCGUCUGUGAUGAUGAAAAAACGAGUCUUGUCAUGAGCGAAUGAUUCAUAUAUACAACAAACUUUGUUUUCAAGCGGAACGUUUAUGUAUAUCUCUCCCGUGUUUCCUGAACCCUUUUACUUGGACUUGCACAUGUCGUUUCUGCUCUCCUGCUGCACAAAAGUGACCUUUACUACGUACUUGUGUUACAAAAGGAAAAAAAUGGAAUUUAUUGUUAAAAGCUAAAGCUUGGAUGAGAGGGUGAGCGAGCGUAUGUGUAGAGUGAAAGGGUGUAAAAGGGUAACACAGGGUCCGUUGCCGAGUUCAUUCGUUGGUAUACCAACUUACUCGGGAGGUUCCUGCAAGGGCAGCUCUGUCGAGGUAGCCAAGUUUGCGUCGUGGUCGAAGUCGUCGUGAUCAUGAUCAUCAUUAGAAGCAGGCGCUGUUGCCGUGGCAGAAGCUGUUGACCGAGUAGCUGUGGCAGCUGUUGACGAAGAAGAGGUAGAAGAAAGGUUGGGUUCGUUGUUUGUGCUGCUACUGCUGUCGUUUGCGGGUCCACGUUGGCGAUCCGAUGUUGAUGCCGCUGCGUUGGGAUCCACAGGAGCACGGCAGACAGCACAUGUACCAUUCACACGAAGCCAGGGCUUAAUGCACUGCUCGUGGAAGUAGUGUUUGCAUGGCAGCCGAACAACGUCGUCCCCAGUUUUAAAGUUUUCCAAGCACACCGUACACUCAUAUUCCUCGUCGACAAGGUUCUGAGGGACCUUCUCGACAGGGAGUUGUUCGAUGACAGAUUCGGGUGCAGGAGGAGGAGCAUGUUGAGCUGAAGUCUGCUCCAUAAGUUGUGAAAUAAUGUCGUCAAGACCACGAGCUCCCCAAACAUAAUCGCCAGGAUUUCCAGCGAGAUUAAACAGCUCACCGAAUACGGUGGCCGGAUUAAAACCUUGACCAUUUGCUGGUUGUGCUCCCAGGGAUCCAAAAAUACGCUCAAGCGUUGUUCCUAGAUCAGCAAUAGGAAUAGGUCCUUCAGCACCAGUACCAUCCGUUCCUGGAGCAAGUGGAAAAGGAAGGUUAGAAGAGCUGAUUUGUUGCAUGGUUCCGUUAGGACCCAUGGCGAAUACAAAGCUCUGUGCUGUCGCAAACGGACGAUUCGGUUGCUCCUCACGAGGGCCGUUUUGUUCACCGGCGUGAGUCUGACCUUCGCUGUUGUCGCCAGGAGCGGCGUUUGCAGCAGCUGUGUCCAUGGCUCUGUCAGGAGAUGAUUCUGCUGUAGUGAAUGCUGUUGAGGAUUGCGGUGAGACGUCACCAUGGGCAGCAGUAGGAGCAGUAUUUGUAUUUUCCGUCUGCAUGUCUGUCGUUCCCUGCUGGGUCGGUGGAGCUCCGUCGGUUUCAUUUUCGUUGCUUCUACCGAGUGCACCUCCAAAUAGAGCUCGGAGAAAGCCUUGAGCUUGCUGUUGGAACGACUCAACGGGAAUACUGUUGCUGCCUUCAGGGCCAUUGUUGUGAUCAAGAGUAGGGGCAGCAGUCUCUCCGUUUUGCGACUGAGUACCAUUUUCACGUUCUUGUCCCUCACCGUUUCCAGGGGGAGGGAAUGUGAAUGUUUGUACAGAUCCAGGACGCAAAAACUGGAAAAAUGCCUGGAACGGAUUUGGACCGGCCUGUUCGUCUCCUUCGCCGGGAACAAAGUUUCUGGGAUCGUUUUCUGGCGUCGUAUUGUUGUCGAUCUAUGAACAAAAGGUGUCAGCACUCCAUUAAUUUUUUACAUACAACAGCUGCAAACAGCCCGACAGUUGUCACCGGUCUUAGGACAUGCAUGACAAUACACCUCCUUCAAAGUUCUGCUGCGGUUUCUUACCAUUUCAAUAAAGUCACUGCCACAUCGUGGACACGUUUCUCCUCCAGAAUACUCAUUGGAACAUGCGUGACAAUACCAAAGAGUGUUUUGCGAUUCCAUCGUGACCAACAAAAUCCCGUUCGAUUUAUUCGCGUUCCAGUUGUCGUAUCUUCCGCGGAACAAGGACGUGUUUUAGGCAAACGUGGAAAUGGUUUGUAUGUCUGACCGGAAGGUUUGUCAAGUGUGCGCCUACUGCAACCUCGGUGAUGCUGCUUUGCGUUUGGGCGUAGUUGUUGAACUCACCACUCCGUAAUAGUGCACUGUAGAUCAUCGUCGAUUUGUACGGAAGCUUUGGGGAUUUACAUGGAAGCGGUGUGAUCUGCGCAAUCGAUGCGAGUAUGCAGAUCAAGUUGCGUUUGGUUUUGUAGAUCAUUUACAUUUGCUGUCGAUCACUUGUCUCUCGCUUAAUUAACCUUAUGAAAUAUGAUGUCACUGACUCCAAGAAUCGCACACCCGCCAUACAAGACACGCUCUUUUCCC